AUGGCUGGUAGUACGCUUGCUCCUCCCAACCCCCAUAGCCCUUCGAGGUUUCGGUCAGCGAGCAAAACGGAUACAAUCGUCUCGACGGCUUCCAACCCUUUUUUGACGCCGAUGGGAACUAGCUGUGCUUCCUCUUCUCACGAAGAUUCUGAGGAAGCUCUUAAACCCGAUCCUGGGACUGAGAGCGACUUCAAGGUAGACAAUAAUCCCUUUGUCUUCUCACCUGGCCAGCUGAACAAGCUUCUGAACCCCAAGUCCCUAGGUGCUUUCCGCGCUCUAGGCGGCUUCGGCUUAAGUGUCGAUGAGACUGAUGCACCAGGAAUGGUCUCUUUCCAGGACGUUGUCACUCCUAUCUCGCCGCAGCAUUCCGAAGUUCAGUGGUCAUCAGCUACUACAACCACCAAGGAAGCCUUCGAAGAUCGCAUUCGUGUAUACAAACGGAAUGUUUUGCCAGAAAAGAAGGCCACUCCCCUCUGGAAGUUGAUGUGGAAUGCCUACAACGAUCAAGUUCUCAUCCUUCUCACGGUAGCCGCUAUCAUAUCUCUGGCUCUAGGGCUUUAUGAGACUCUAGGAGUUGAACACCCACCUGGAUCGCCUACCCCCAUAAAUUGGGUUGAGGGUGUGGCUAUUUGCGCCGCUAUCGCCAUUGUGACACUUGGGGGCUCUAUCAAUGACUGGCAGAAGGAGCGCGCGUUCGUUCGUCUUAGCUCCAAGAAAGACGAACGAGAUGUCAAAGUCACUCGUUCUGGGAAGCAAUUCUUGAUCAGAGUGCACGAUGUGCUUGUGGGUGACGUCCUUCACCUCGAAGCCGGUGAUUUAGUCCCUGUGGACGGGGUCUAUAUCGAUGGUCACGAACUCAGGUGUGAUGAGUCAUCUGCUUUAGGCGAGUCGGAUUCGAUCAAAAAGACCGGGGGCUCUGUAGUGAUGAGUGCUCUGGAGAACGGAGAGACCGCGAAGGUCUUGGAUCCGUUCAUUAUCUCGGGAUCUAAGGUUUUGGAAGGAGUUGGUACAUUCAUGUGCACGUCUGUUGGAGUCAAUAGUAGUUUCGGUAAGAUCAUGAUAUCUGUACGCAUAGAGACCGAGCCGAUACCACUCCAGAAAAAGCUGGAAGGGCUUGCAAUGGCGAUUGCAAAGCUAGGAAGUACCGCUGCAGGACUGCUCUUCUUCGUGUUGUUGUUCCGCUUUCUGGCUGGCCUUUCCCAUGAUUCCCGCCCUGCGACCGAUAAGGCGUCUUUAUUUAUGGAUAUUCUUAUCGUCGCUGUUACUAUUAUCGUAGUUGCUGUACCCGAGGGGCUCCCCCUUGUAAGUCUUGUGCGUAUGCGAAACCUGGGCAACGCUACGGCUAUUUGCUCAGAUAAAACGGGAACUUUGACAACGAACAAGAUGACUGUUGUUGCAGGGAGAUUCGACAACACCAGCUUCUCAGCGUCGGACAACGUAGGUGCUUCGGACCCGCCCAUCCCCACCUGGGCUUCCAACACCUCAGUGCUAUUCAGAGAGGUGCUCAUCCAAUCAGUGGCUAUCAAUUCGACCGCGUUCGAGGGUGAAGAAGAUGGGAAAUCAGUUUUCAUUGGGUCCAAGACUGAAACCGCACUUCUCCAAUUGGCCAAGGAUCAUCUGGGACUCCAGUCGCUCGCUGAAGUUCGAUCAAACGAGCAAGUGAUCCAGUUGAUGCCGUUCGACUCGAGCAAGAAGUGCAUGGGCGCCGUGAUUCGACUUCGCUCCGGCACCUAUCGACUUCUGAUCAAGGGCGCCUCCGAGAUUCUCCUUGACCAUUGCUCGGCCAAGGCAAACUUCGCCACAUUAGAUGUGGAGGUCUUAACAGCUGCGGAUCGCGCUUCCCUUAUGGAUACAGUUGAAUGGUAUGCGAAUCGCUCACUCCGCACCAUCGGACUCGUCUAUAGAGAUUUCCAAGAAUGGCCGCCGCUUUUGACGACUGGCGAAGUUGGAUCCAGCACCGACCUCGGCAGUCUUCUGCAAAGGAGCGAUCUCGUUUUUCUCGGCGUCGUUGGCAUCCAAGAUCCCGUCCGUCCUGGCGUUCCCGAGGCAGUUCGUAAGGCUCAACAUGCCGGUGUCAACGUCCGAAUGGUCACUAGGAAUAACGCAGUCACUGCGAAGGCAAUCGCUUCAGAAUGCGGCAUUUAUACCGAUGGCAUUGUGAUGAACGGUCCCGAUUUUCGACGGCUUUCCGACGCCGAGAUGGACAACGUGCUUCUAAACCUUCAAGUUCUAGCACGGCCUUCGCCUAAAGAUAAGAGGAUCUUAGUAGCUAAGCUCAGAGCCUCGGGUAAGACCGUGGCUAUCAUAGGUAAUAGUACGAAUAAUACUCCUACUCUCAAAGCUACCGAUAUUAGAUUCUCGAUGGGUAUAUCUAGUACCGAAGUUGCCAAGGAAGCUUCUUCGAUUGUCCUUAUGGACGAUAAUUUCGCAUCGAUUAUCACGGCCCUUAAGUGUGGUCGGGCAGUCAACGAUGCUGUUCAGAAGUUUCUGCAGUUUCAAAUCACGGUCAACAUCACAGCUGUGUUGAUAGUAUUUGUGACAGCUGUAUACGAUGCGGAGAUGAAGCCCGUUCUGACGGCUGUGCAGCUACUCUGGGUUAACUUGAUUAUGGACACCUUUGCCGCGUUGGCUUUGGCUACCGAUUCCCCAACUGAGACGAUUUUGGAUCGUCAUCCGCAGGGCAAGGAGAAGGCACUGAUUACAACCAACUCGGUUUACCAAUUGAUCGUGACUUUCGUUCUCUACUUUGGCGGAGGUACUAUUUUGAGCUACGACCUUAACGAUCCCGGCAAGAAACUCGAAUUGGAAACCCUUGUCUUUAACACUUUCGUAUGGAUGCAAAUCUUCAACGAAUUCAAUAAUCGGCGACUUGAUAAUAAGUUGAAUAUCUUCGAGGGCGUCCAUCGAAACUUAUUUUUCAUUGUCAUCAAUUGCAUUAUGGUCGGACUACAGCUCACAAUUGUUCUCAUCGGGUCCAGAGCAAUCCAAAUAUCCCCUGGCGGUCUUGAUGGUACACAAUGGGCGAUUUCACUUGUCGUUUCAGCGUUCUGCUUGCCGUGGGCUAUUCUCGUUCGCCUGUUUCCUGAUACUUGGUUCGCCUCCAUUACAGCACUGAUCGAUAGGCCGUUUCGGUUCUUUUACUCGCGCUUGAACAAGGAUCUCUUAUCCAUGGUGAAAACAUCCAGGAGGAAGAAGGAAGUUGCUGAAGGUCAUCUGCCGGUGGUAGUCGUUUCAGAUGACAGUGGCGUCAGAGACCAAGAGAAAAUCUGA